GGAUUUUACAUUUUAAAUAACAUUCUUCAUCACUCUUAGCUGAAAAUGGCAAAAAGAGAAGCAGAAGAUCACAGUGCAGCACUUCCUUGGUCUUCUUUAUCACCCUUGGCUAAAGCAACAGAAGUAUCAGAGCAAGGCAGCCCUGAAGGCGCCAUGGAUGGGAAUACUGGGGACCCAAUUUACAAGUAUACCUCCAAUGAUUUACCAAGGGAGUUUAUGUCAUCUCAGGCAAAAGCAGUUAUUAAAACUCCUGAAGAUUAUUUGCAGACUCAGUUUGGCCCCAACAAACUUUUGCAUUCAGCAGUGGUAUCAGAAGGGUCGGGACUUCAGGAUUGCUCCACACAUCAAACAGUAUCAGAUCACAGCCGUGAUGAAAUAUCAGCUCGAGAUAGCUACAAAUCAAACAGUAAAAACAAUUCUUGCCUUAUAUCAGCAUCCAAAGGAAACAGACCUGUCAGUGCUCCGGUGGGUCAACUGAGAGUUGCAGCGUUCUCUUCUUCAAAAUUUCAGUCUGCCCGGAGCUGGCAUAGAAUGUCUCAAAGACUCAAGCUUCAACCAAGAAUGAUUAGAGCAACAGCUUACAAAAAUGGGUCUAGAACAGCCUUUGCCAAAGUUAUUGUACCAACCAUCACCUUGUUGCUGCAAGAAUGCACGGAAAAGCUGAAUCUGAACAGGGCUGCACGACGAGUGUUCUUGGCAGACGGCACUGAAGCCCUCGAACCUAAAGAUAUACCCCAUGAAGCUGACAUUUAUGUUUCAACUGGAGAGCCCUUUAUAGAUCCAUUCAAAAAAAUUAAAGACCAUCUGUUGUUAAUGAAGAAAGUAACUUGGACAACAAAUGGGCUGAUGCUUCCUACUGAUGUUGGAAGUCGGGAAACCAAGCCUGUUCUUUCUAUUGGGAUGAAGAACCUUACUGAGAAGACUUCAGUCCGAAUUCUGUUUUUUCAGAACGGCAUGGGGCAGGAUGGGCGUGAGAUUACAGUGGGAAAGGAAACAAUGGAAAAGGUUUUGGAUACUUGCACAAUGAAAAUGAAUUUAAAUUCACCAGCCAGAUAUCUUUAUGAUUUGUGUGGCAGGAAAAUUGUAGAUAUUUCAAAAGUUCCUCUGCUUCAAAAAUGCCUGCAAAAUUCCAUCACACCUUUGCGGGGACCAGUUUGGGUCUCUAAGGGAGAAGGUUUCAGCCCGUCAGGAGUUAAGAUGUACAUCCAAGGAGUACUUUUGGCCUUGUACCAACGAUUAAAGUCUGCAAAAAGAUAUUAUAAACAGUUGAACUUUGCCGUGGAUGAACAGAAGGAGAAAAUUACUGAAAAGGGCAUUCUUUCAAUGUCAGCAAAGGAACACCAUAAGGCACAAGAAGAAGUGAGCAGGCUGAUUGAUGAAUUGCAGACAGCUAUCAAAAGCAACAGAGGUCAUCUCUCUAAACUUGGCCCCCAAUUACAGGCUGAGCAGGAGCAAUUCUCCUCUUACGUCUACCAACACAUUAAAAGCCUUCCAGCAAACACUCUUCUCCCAGGAGGCCUGCAGCUAAAGGUAUUUGAAAAUGGUAAAGACACUGGAGGGACCUCUGUUUAUAUCAGCCAAAAAGACUUAGUGUCUAAUAGCUCAACUCAAACUGGCGAGAUGAUGGAAGGAUUACUUCUCAAGAUUCAUCAAAGUCUUCAAGAUUCUUCCUUCAACCCACCAGGCCUCAAUUUUUCAUCAGUCCGGCUUUUCGAUGACCGCGGUCAAGAGAUUAAGAAUCCACUUUUGCUGAAGAACGAGCAAAAAAUUUGGGUCUCUUAUGGUAAAGCAUACAGAUCUCCACUAAAUCCUGUUUUGGGCUUGACCUUUGACCGAGUGACUGCAUUUGACAAAGGUGGCAUCACAGUUGCAUAUAAAACUUUUUUGGAUCCUGAUGCUGUUCUGCUACCCGGAUGUGACAAUUGGGAAGUUUGUGAGGGAUUUCCAAUUAAUUUCAACUGCUCCAGUGAGCUGAUACCAGAUCAAUUUGAAAAGAUCGACCUGGAGAACCAUUUCCUGCACAACAAGGUGGAUCCCAGUAUUGUUCUACAUGCCUCGGUUUCCAUUGGAAAGCGGAGUUCCUCAAGUAGUGAAAUGCGCGGCAGAAGUCAGGUAGCCUCAUCGACCCUGUGGCCUGCAGCCAGUGUGUGGCUGAUCAUGAAGUCUGGAAUGAUCCUGAAUCGAGCUAUUACUCGGGGCUGCCUGGCUAUUGGUCAUCCAAUCAGAGUCAAGGCUGCUGAAGGACCGUCACGAGAAGGAUAUAAAUUAAUCCUACAGAAAAGACAUAAAGGAGAUGAUUCUCAGAAGUGGGUGUUUGGAACUGAUGGCUGCAUUUAUUCUAAGGCCCAUCCUCAGUUUGUUCUGACCUACCUAGAGGAGCUAAAUGCACAAGUGGAUGUGACCCAGACAGAGUAUCACAUUUACCCUGGUGCCUGGACCACAGCUCAUCAAGGACACGGCAGCAGCUUAGCAGAAGAGGGUCUGCAAAAAAGUGCCAGCAACCCUGAUCUGAAGCAACUGCCAGAACCUUCAGAAACUCGUUUAAUGCUAGAGGAUUCUCUUGGGGAGACAGGGCAGCUGACAGUGGCCCUGGUGAGGAAACUGGAAGAGAAACAUCCUAAGGCUUCUGCUCAGAGGUGGGCGAUAAAACAUGAAGGAACCAAUAAACCAGGCCAGUGGAAACAUUCCAAAGUUGAAAAUCCUUUAUGGAACAAGCUAAACUAUAUGUGGCCAGUCCUUCCCAGCGGCCAAAUUAAUGAGAAUUUUGACUGGCCAAUAGAAGGACUGCUUGUUCCAAACAGCCCCCCCAUGAAGAAACCCAUCUGUAAGACACCAGUGCAAUAUGUUCCUGUGAGACUCAGAGUUUUGCGAAAUGGAGAUAAGAAUAAAAACAGAGCUCUUGUUAUAAUUGGUCCAGACAUCUCACCUAGACGGAAAGCGCAGUGCACUGAAAAUUUAAAAUUACCUUCUGCAGCUCGGAGAUUGUUCAAUGAAAAGGGGAAGGAAGUCUUUGCCUUAAAAGACCUGCGGAGAGAUGAACUGGUGUACGUUUCAUGUGGAGAAAAUUGGAUCAAUCCCGACCUGUCCGUUUCUCAGCAAAAGAAGCAAAUCUUCCUUAGGAACCUAGCAUUAGACAUUUCCAAAAUUCAAAUCUUCUGCAGUAUGAGUAAGAAGGAGGAUCUUGUUUUAGAAGUCCAAAGUGACAUGGUAUCUGGAGCCAAGCUUGCUGUGCAUAAACCUGUAGCAAAUUUUGGAGAAGAGACGCAAAUUAUAGACCCAGAGGAAAAGCAAAUGCAAAAAAAUCCUUCAACAAAGGAAAAUGCUUCCGGUGAAAUUCUAGAUGCGCAUGCAAGAGCCCACCUCCGGAUGAAGGCUUGUCACACACUUCUCAAGUAUGCCUGGCAGGAAGCUUCUCAUGACUCUGAUGAGGGUGGCCGUCUUCCAAAGAAAAUGGAAGAAGAGGUCUUUGAAAAUGCGGAGCCACAGAAGAAAUGCAGCCAUUCACCAAGGCAAAGUAAAUUGCAGAAGCUUUGCCAUCAACAAUUUGAAUACAGAGAUGGACAGAUUAUAAACCAUGCUGCUCCUCGGCUUGUCUUGGGGGUACGAGACCCCAACCUCCGUUCAGGCACUGAAGUGAUUUUGGUAGAGAAGAAAUCCGGUGAUAGUCAUCAAUGCUGGAUACACAAGGAAAGCAGCAGGACCUUUCACCUGAUGAGUAACCCAGACCUUGUGCUGGCAGUGUCUAUGACCAAGGCUGGGAAUGAAGCUGGUGGCUAUCCAGUUAUUGUUCAGAAAUAUAAGCCAUAUAACAAUGGGACUGCCAAUCAAAAGUGGCAUUAUAUGGAAAAUAUGAAAGCUUUUAUGGCUUUUCAUAGCACUGCGCUGGAUAAGGAAAUCACAGCAGCAAAUUAUGCUGGUAUUUGCACAGCCUCUGUGAUUAAAGAAGAAAACGUUGACCAACCAGGAUAUUAUUAUCUCUCACCUGGUGGAAAGAGAAAAAUGAUGCUCUGCUUGGCUUGUGGACAAUCCAUGAGAGCAGAGAAGGGACUGAAACAAUUGCUACCAGGGGUCCCAUUCCUCUGUGCCUCUGGCUCCAAGACACAGAAGCCCUUCUCACUAGGGCCCUUCAAGGUCAUCACUGUGGCCAAGGCUGAUUUAUCUUCUUAUGAGGCUGAGAAAACUCUAAGUUAUUACGAAGGACUCCUAUUAUCUUUACGGGUGAAGACCUGCGCACUAGCUGUAUCUCAUAGUGGUAUGGCAACUCCACACCAGAAGGUGGUGAAAGUAAUUGCAUACAAAAAUGGGGAUGGAUAUCAUAAUGGGAAGUUAAUUGUGGCUGGAACAUUUCCCAUGCUUCUUACAGAGUGCACAGAACAACUUGGUCUUUCCAGAGCAGCCUCCAAGGUGUACACUAAAGAUGGAACCACAAUUCUAACUUUGCGUGAUUUGGUUUUAUGGGCUCUGGAUGAAUCCCUUAUCCACAGAGACUCCGAGGAUCCAAAGGAACGUGCAGCCCCUGUUGGAAGAGAAGAUGCAACUGCUAAAAAAAAUAUGAGAACAAAAGUGAAAAACAAAUCAUUUCCAAAAUUGGUGACAUCUGAUAGUUUGAACAGUAUAGAUGAGUCUUUGCUUGACCUUGUCCUCAGAAAUCCUAUUGCCAUCUGGGUAUCUUGUGGUGAACCAUUUCUGCCUCUGAAAGCUUUGCAGAAAACAGAAAAAUUAGAGAAGCAGAACUGGAUAAAAAAGGAUAAAAUUUUGGCUGAUCUAGGUACUAUGAAACACAAAAUGAGGCAGUUAAAAGGGCGGCGAGUAGCUGCAUGUCUGCCGGCCACCAUGGUUCCCACCAAAAGCCCUGUGCAGCCUGUGGUGGUGGAGGGAGGCUGGACUGAACAGACUCAAGAGGAAAUUAAACUCAUGGAACUUAUAAAACAUACAGAGGCACACCUUUCUGAAGUCCAAGAAUUGCAUCCCAAAAGAACAUCUCCAAUUUCAACUAAACAUGUAACAGUCAAGCAGGGCAGCUUGUAUACACAACCCAACAAAAAACGAGUAUGGGUUUAUCCAAAUGGAGGUAGACCUGAAGACGGCACUUAUGCCUGGGGCAGAACUAUUUCAGAGCUGCUGGAUGAUUGCUCAUCUCGUCUUAAAAUGGCCUACCCAGCCAGAGCGCUGUACACUCCAGAUGGAGAGCAGAUUCAGUCAUGGGACAACAUAGAGCGAGACAUGGUCAUCUGUGUGUCCACGGGACAUGGCUUCGUAACCCAGAAAGAGUUAAAGCAACUGAUGGAGGUCAGAGCAAAUUAUGCCAGAAUCCGAAGGCAGGAGGGCCCUCAGGCCACAGAUAUCAUGGUGUCUCCAUCAUCGAAGCUGUUAUCUCUGGUACAUCAGUGCUAUUAA